UGAGAGAGCCAUCUGGCUGACUGCAGUUUGACGAUCUACCAGAAGACCCAGGAUGGAGCUGCAUCCACACACCACCGUUGACUUCCUUGAGAGAUGGGUUUCGGAUGAGUCACCGUCUGGCUGCAGGAGACGUUAUAAUGUCAGGAAAAAACUGAAGUUGAUUCGAAUCUUGGGCCUUUUCCUGGGCCUGGGCCUGGUGGCUGUUAGCACUGUCCCAUUUUCAAUCAGUGCCUUUUCUGAGACAGAAAUACAGAGCACAGGAGAAGCCGAUGGUGUCAUGCCCAGUUACCACCAGAGAACUCUCUUAGAUUUAAAUGACAAGAUCCGGGAUUACACUCCCCAGCCUUCUCUUCCUCAGGAAGGCCCGUCUGAGAACAGCACAGAGCAUGCCCAAGGCGACUACCCAAGAGACAUCUUUUCCCUCGAGGAGCGAAGAAAGGGUGCCAUCAUCCUCCAUGUCGUUGGCAUGAUCUACAUGUUCAUAGCUUUAGCCAUCGUCUGUGAUGAGUUCUUCGUCCCUUCCUUGACUGUCAUCACUGAAAAACUGGGCAUCUCUGAUGAUGUGGCCGGGGCCACCUUUAUGGCUGCGGGGGGCUCAGCCCCAGAACUUUUCACAUCUCUCAUCGGGGUUUUUAUCGCCCACAGCAACGUUGGUAUAGGCACUAUCGUGGGCUCAGCAGUGUUCAACAUCCUCUUUGUUAUUGGCAUGUGUGCUCUGUUUUCUAGAGAAAUCUUAAACCUGACCUGGUGGCCACUCUUUCGGGAUGUGUCCUUCUACAUUGUGGACUUGAUCAUGCUGAUCAUUUUCUUCCUGGACAAUGUGAUUAAGUGGUGGGAGAGCUUGCUUCUCUUAACAGCAUAUUUCGCCUACGUGGUUUUCAUGAAAUUCAACGUCCAGGUAGAAAAAUGGGUGAAGCAAAUGAUAAACCGCAAUAAAGUCGUCAAAGUGACUGCCCCAGAGGCCCAAGCAAAGCCAUCUACAACCAGGGACAAGGAUGAGCAGGCUCUACCGACUAAGCCACGUCUCCAGCGAGGGGGAAGCUCUGCCUCUCUCCACAACAGUCUCAUGCGGAACAGCAUCUUCCAACUCAUGAUACACACUCUGGACCCACUCGCUGAAGAACUUGGAUCAUAUGGAAAACUAAAAUAUUAUGACACAAUGACUGAAGAAGGGCGGUUCAGAGAAAAGGCUUCAAUUCUCCAUAAGAUUGCCAAGAAGAAAUGCCAUGUGGACGAGAACGAGAGGCAGAACGGAGCGGCCAACCACAUGGACAAAAUCGAGCUCCCAAAUAGCACCAGCACAGAAAUGGAGAUGACGCCCCCUAGUGAUGCCUCCGAGCCCGUCCAGAAUGGAAACCUCUCCCACACCAUCGAAGCUGCCGAAGCCCAGGCCGCGGAGGAGGAGGAGGACCAGCCCCUGAGCCUGGCCUGGCCUUCCAACCGCCGCAAGCAAGUCACCUUCCUGAUCGUUCUCCCCAUCGUGUUCCCUCUGUGGAUUACCUUACCUGACGUGCGCAAACCUACAUCGAAGAAGUUUUUCCCCAUCACGUUCUUUGGCGCCAUCAGCUGGAUUGCCGUCUUUUCUUACUUGAUGGUCUGGUGGGCACACCAGGUUGGGGAGACAAUUGGCAUCAGUGAGGAGAUUAUGGGUCUGACCAUCCUGGCUGCUGGGACGUCCAUCCCUGAUCUUAUCACCAGCGUCAUAGUGGCCCGGAAGGGGCUUGGAGACAUGGCAGUGUCUAGCUCUGUUGGAAGCAAUAUUUUUGACAUCACUGUAGGGCUCCCGCUGCCCUGGCUCCUGUACACCGUGAUCCACAGGUUCCAGCCUGUGGCCGUCAGCAGCAACGGCCUCUUCUGCGCCAUCGUCCUGCUCUUCAUCAUGCUGCUCUUCGUCAUCCUCUCCAUCGCCCUCUGCAAGUGGCGCAUGAACAAAGUGCUGGGUUUCAUCAUGUUCGGCCUCUACUUCGUGUUCCUGGUGGUCAGCGUCCUUCUAGAAGACAGAAUUCUGACGUGUCCUGUCUCCAUCUAGCAGGCAAAGCCAUAUCUUGAACCAGCAGCAUGGAUGGUCCCUUCCCGCUCGGGGCUUUAGGCUCCUUGACCUCUGGAGAAGAGGCAGCUGGCGCACGGCCCUGGGCGUUCCGGGUGUCCUUCCUCAGAGGAGAAUUUGAGGACGGAUGGAUGCACGUCGGGCCCAUUCAUCCCACAGG